AAUAUUCCGUUCUAUGCAGGAGAGGAGGUGGAGAGAAACAACAUUUGCAGGUGCCCACGUCACCACUUCUUUGCCUCAAAUAACCUGUCUCUCCCACAUUUUCUCUGCUCUGCUCUCUCUCUCCUCUCUUUCUCUCUCAUCCUCUUCAUAAUUCCUUCAUACCUUCCUCCCCUGUACUUCUCAAUCCCUCUGAAUUAUGAUUUCUUUACCACCCUGAACCACAAAAACUUCGACACACAAACUUCUGCGCUCAAUUUACCAAUUAUUGUGAUUGUGUUCUGGCCUACUCCUCUCUCACACCCCAAUUUCAUCAUCAUUGCUGGAAUUCAGUACAAUUCAGAGAUCUCAGGUUUGAGCUUAUGGGUGUAUGUCAUGGGGUCUCUGUGGCCGCCCUUUUGGAAUGAAUCUGAAAGUUCUAAUUCGUUUUUUCUUUUUGUGUUUUGAUGUCCUCCUUUGGUUUGGGAUAUCGCUGUUUAUUACGUUAUUUUAUUAAAAUUGAUCCAUUUUUACUUAUGGAACGUGAUAUGCUUUUGAGUCGUUGCUAUAAUAUUGAUAAUUUGUACACUGUGCUCUGGAGGAAACUUGAAGGCUUUUUUCCCUCUCUCUCUGUCUCGCUGAGGAAUCAGAUUAAUGCUUUCUAGUAUUUCACUGAAUACAAAAAUGAUUUUGUCGCAUUUUCGGAUGAUUGAUACAGGUGUUUAAGAGUACCAUUUAAUCCGUAUUACCAUACCCAGUUAUAAGGAAGGAGCUAAAACAUGUCUGGCCCAAUAAAAGUUUUGGAUCCUGCUUUUCAAGGAGUAGGGCAGAGAGUUGGAACUGAAAUUUGGCGAAUUGAGAAUUUUCAGCCUGUUCCAUUGCCGAAGUCUGAUCAUGGAAAAUUCUACAUGGGGGAUAGCUACAUAAUAUUGCAGACAACACAAAACAAAGGUGGCUCUUACUUGUUUGAUAUACACUUCUGGAUUGGAAGAGAUACAAGUCAGGAUGAAGCUGGGACUGCUGCGAUAAAAUCUGUUGAGUUAGAUGCAGCUCUAGGUGGACGUGCAGUGCAGCAUAGAGAGAUUCAAGGCCAUGAAUCUGACAAAUUUUUAUCAUACUUUAAACCUUGUAUCAUUCCACUUGAAGGAGGUGUUGCAUCUGGAUUUAGAAAAGUUGAGGAAGAAGAAUUUGAAACACGGUUAUAUAUCUGCAAAGGAAAACGAGUAGUCAGAAUGAAGCAGAUUCCUUUUGCUCGUUCUUCUCUCAAUCAUGAUGAUGUGUUCAUCCUAGACUCUGAAAACAAGAUAUAUCAGUUCAAUGGUGCUAAUUCCAACAUCCAAGAAAGAGCCAAGGCUUUGGAAGUGGUUCAAUUUUUGAAGGAAAAGUAUCAUCAGGGAGUGUGUGAUGUUGCAGUAGUGGAUGAUGGGAAGUUAGAUACAGAGUCAGACUCAGGAGAGUUCUGGGUCCUCUUUGGUGGUUUUGCACCUAUUGGAAAGAAGGUUAUCAGUGAUGAUGACGUGAUUGCAGAAGCCACACCUGCUAAACUUUAUAGCAUAGCUGAUGGUGAAUUGGCGAUCAUUGAAGAUGAACUAUCUAAAUCAUUGUUAGAAAACAACAAAUGCUAUCUAUUGGACUGUGGUUCUGAGGUAUUUGUUUGGGUUGGACGAAUAACCCAGGUGGAGGAAAGAAAAAUGGCCGUUCAAGCUGCUGAGGAAUUCCUUGUCAAAGAAAAUAGGCCAAGAUCGACACAAAUAACACGGCUUAUUCAAGGUUAUGAGACACAUUCUUUCAAAUCCAACUUUGGUUCCUGGCCAGCAGGAACUGCCGCUUCCGUAGCUGAGGAAGGAAGAGGAAAGGUAGCAGCUUUAUUGAAGCAACAAGGUGUUGGUAUUAAGGGGAUGUCAAAAAGUACACAUGUAAAUGAGGAAGUACCUCCAUUGCUGGAGGGAGGUGGAAAGUUGGAGGUAUGGUACGUCAAUGAAGACACCAAGACUCCACUGCCCUCAGAGGAUGUCGGUAAAUUUUAUAGUGGAGACUGUUAUCUUAUUCUUUACACUUACCACUCUGGAGAGAGAAAAGAAGAUUACCUUUUGUAUACUUGGUAUGGAAAGGAUAGCGUCGAGGAGGACCAAAACACAGCUGCUCGGUUGGCAAGUUCAAUGUCAAACUCGCUUAAGGGGAAACCAGUUCAGGGUCGCAUUUUUCAGGGUAAAGAAGCACCACAGUUUCUUGCUCUUUUCCAUCCUAUCGUGGUCCUCAAGGGUGGUCUGAGUGCUGGUUACAAGACAUUUAUAGCAGACAAAGAUUUGGUAGAUGAAACCUAUAGUGCUGAUGGUGUCGCUCUCAUCAAGAUUUCUGGAACUGCUGUCCAUAACAAUAAUGCAGUACAAGUUGAUGCUGUGGCAACAUCAUUGGACUCUAGCCAUUCAUUUGUUCUGCAAACUGGAACUACUAUGUUUACAUGGCAUGGAAAUCAAUGUGCUUUUGAGCUUCAGCAAUUAGCUGCAAAGGUUGCCGAGUUUUUAAGGCCGGGAGGUAUUUUGAAACAUGCUAAAGAAGGAACAGAAAGUUCAGUUUUCUGGGCUGCUCUUGGGGGAAAACAAAACUAUUCAAGCAAAAAAGCAGCUCCAGAUACUGUCAGAGACCCCCACCUAUACACAAUUUCAUCGAAUAAAGGAAGAUUUCAGGUAGAUGAGGUUUACAACUUUUCUCAAGACGAUCUCUUGACAGAGGAUAUCUUGAUUCUUGAUACACAUGCUGAAGUGUUCGUAUGGAUUGGUCAAUUAGUUGACACCAAAGAAAAGCAAAAUGCCUCUGAAAUUGGGCAGAGUUACAUAGAAAUGGCUGCAUCCCUGGAGGGUUUGUCUCCAAAAGUACCACUUUACAAAGUCAACGAGGGGACUGAACCAGGCUUCUUCACGACAUACUUUUCAUGGGAUAAUACUAAAGCUAUUGCUCUGGGUAACUCAUUCCAGAAGAAGGUUUCUCUGUUGUUUGGAACUGGCCAUGCUGCGGAGGAUAAAACUAAUGGAUCAAGCCAAGGACCUAGGCAAAGAAGUGAAGCUCUAGCUGCUUUGAACACUGCAUUUAAUUCAUCCUCGACCACGAAACCUACUUCUACAAGGCCAUCUGCCCGAAGUCAUGGAGGAGGGUCACAAAGGGCAGCUGCUGUAGCUGCACUUUCUUCCGUUCUCACAGCAGAAAAGAAGCCCGAUUCUCCUCCUGCACACAGUCGCAGUCCACAUGCAGGAGAUCAUUCUACAGGCAAAGGAGAUGAUGAUAGUUUCCAGGAGGGUACUAAAGAAGAUGAAGACAAGGAGACAGGGAAUCUUUCCCCUUCACUUGAAAACGAAGGAGGAGAUUCAACCCCCAAGCAUGAGGGGGAUGAUGAGCCUGAAGCUGUUCAUGCUAUAUUCAGUUAUGAUCAGUUAAAAGCUAAGUCUGACAAUCCCGUGACUGGAAUCGACUUCAAACGGAGAGAGGCCUAUCUUUCCGUGGAAGAGUUCGAGACGAUAUUUGGCAUGACAAAAGAAGAAUUCAAUAAACUGCCUAAAUGGAAGCAAGACAUGCAUAAGAAGAAGGUUGAUCUAUUUUAGAGAAUCAAGGACAAGCGACGUUACUGCUUCUUGCGGUGACCUGCAGUUGCUCGUUCGAACUCUGAUAUCCAUAUUCAAGAAUCGGCGUUCUGAGGGUGCAUGGCAUCAUGGCUGGUUUGCAUUUUUGUCUAGAAUUUGGUAGUUUCGUUUUUUCCUCCAAGGGAAAGGACCUUUGAUUAUUUUAUUGAUUGUGGUAUGCUGCCUGAUGAGUGAUUUUUUUUUUUUUUUCUCUUUUGUUUGUCGAACGAACUACUCUUUAGUUUCUCUGCCAUUGCAUCUCGUUUUCGAGAUCGCUGUGCAGUUCAAUUCUUUUAUUGUUGGUAUGUAUUAAUUAUGUUUUUGUUUUCGAGGUUGUUUGAGCGUUUUUUUGACCCUUUUAUUUGGCAGAAAGAAAUGAAAUGGUGUAUAUGCAAAUGUAUAUGGAUUGAAUUCAAAUAUUAGGAAGACAAA